CUGAGAAAAUCACAUUUCUCCACAUUGCUUCAAUCCAGCCAGCAAGAUGUUUGGCUUAGUUGAGCCUCAUCUUUUUGGUGAGGAGUGGUUUCUUUCUUGGCCAUCUUGCUGGGAGACUGGCUGAGCACGGGUGAGACCGGACACUGCAGGUGUUGGCAGUGACCCCUAAAGUUUCCUACCAUGCUCUUUUGAGAUCUUUGGACCAGAAGAGUCCCAGGGCUUUAUCACUUGUUAUUAACUUGAAGCUGGAAAAAGUCAAAAUAUACUUGGAGAACUAAAAUUAUGAAGAAUUUGUUAGAGCUUUGUUCAAUGACUUAGUGAUUUAUAACCUCUUUUUGGCUUAUUUAAUAGUUUUUUUUGUGUGUGAUAGCUCAGGGUGGUUACUCUUACUAUUAGAGCAUUUUGUGCAGCUGAUACUGCAUGUUUUUAUAAUAUAAUAAAACAUUAGUUUAAUUUUGUUUGAGGGCACAUUAUGUUAAAAUCAGUACACUAGAUUCUUUAAAAUGAAGUUUGAUCAAGGGAAGGGUUCUGGAACAUCCUGAGCAAACCAUGCAAAAUACACAGGACUAUCAUUUAUCCAAGGAUAAGGAGUAAUAGGUGUUCUGUUACAUGAUCUGUUGUUGAAACCUGCUUGAGAAGAAACCAUUUCAGUCUUCAGGACUUGUUCAAAAGAAAAAAAGUAUCAUGUAUAUUACACCAGAUAAAAACUUGACAGAUGACAGUGAAGAUGAAGAGAUAGUGACUGUCGAGAUUAAAGAAGAAUUAUCCAGUGACACAGCGAGUGAUGUAGGUUUACAGUUAAGUGUGACUGAUGAAGAAUUUAACUAUGAAAAUUUAGAACACGAUAACAAGGAUCUUUUGGGAGAACAUGAGGAAGUUUCAGAAGAAAUAAAAUCUGAAGAGGAGUUUGCAUUAGCAAUAAACUCUAGUUCUGAUGACCGUGAAUGUAAUCAAUCUGAAACAUGUUUCUCACCAGUGGAUGUUAUAGUGUCAUAUCAGGAAUUCCCCAAGAAUGAUUCAAAUUCUACGAAUCAUGUGCAUAAGCAGUACAAAGAUAGUAAUAGUCUUUCCUUGAGUAAUGGAUAUAGUCCUCUGGUACAACUUAAAGAAUAUGAAUGUGGUGUUUUUGGGAAGAAAACUGAAAAUAAAAAAAUAAAAGGCAAGAAUAUCCAAACUCGUAAGAAAGGAAAUUCGUUCAGUUGUGACAUCUGUGGGAAAACGUACUUCAAGAGAAAUCACUUAAGAGACCAUCGAAUGCUCCACACAGGAGAAAAACCAUUUAGUUGUGAAGUAUGUGGAAAGGAUUUCAUUAAGGAAGGAAAUCUCAGGCAACAUCAGUUGAUCCAUACUGGAGAAAGACCAUACAGUUGUGACAUCUGUGGGAAAAGUUUUAAACGAGUUAAUAAUUUAAGGGAUCAUCGAAUUCGACACACUGGAGAGAAGCCAUUCUUUUGUGAUUUAUGUGGGAAAAACUUUCCAACGAGUGGAAACCUAAGACAUCACAAAUUGUUGCACACUGGAAAUAAACCUUUUAAUUGUGACAUAUGUGAAAAAAGCUUUAAAAUGAAACAUCAUUUAGAUAUGCAUCAAACUGUGCAUACAAGAGAGAAACCUUUCUCUUGUGAUGUUUGUGGGAAAAUGUUUUCAAGAAGUGGUCAUUUAAAGCAACAUAAUUUGAUGCACACUGGAGAGAAACCAUUUGCGUGUGAUGUGUGUGGGAAAAGGUUUGGAACAAAUGGAAAUCUGCAACAUCAUAUGCUAAUGCACACUGGAGAAAAACCAUUUAAUUGUGAGAUAUGUGGGAAAAAUUAUAGAAUGAGCCAUCAUUUAAAAUUACAUCAGAGAAUGCACACUGGAGAGAAACCUUUCUGUUGUGAUAUUUGUGGAAAGAAAUUUUCAAGAAACCAAAAUCUAAAACAGCAUAAAAACAAAAAACAUUUGAUUGCGUUACCAUCUGACCAGUAAAAAAAACAAAAAAAGUAUAGAAUGAGAAACAAAUCACUAGGUUAUGUGGGAUAAACUUAGAGCAGUUGAUUAGAGAAAAUAUUAAUAGUAUAUAAUGUGAACCCCCAGACAAAAAAUAUCAGAGUAGUGUAUGUGACAAAUUAUAGUAAUAGGAACUUAUGAGCAUUAAAAACUUUACAAUAAACAGUAACAACAAAAACAAUUGCAUUUAAUUGUAUGCUGAAGAGAGUAACCCUUAAUAAAACAAGUACUGUAGAAUACCUUAUCUUCAUAAUCCUUGAAACCGUUAACAAACAUUCCAUUAAUUGACUAACUGGAAGAACAAGAAACUAUGAAUGUUAUGGCCUGUAUGUGUAGAAACGUUUUACUGGUAAGAGGAAGAAAUCUGUGGGCAAUGGACCUGUCACUUAUGAAAUGUAUUAAAUAAAAUGAACAUCAUUUAUGUUAAAUAUUUAGGAACAAAAUAAGAAACUGUUCUUUCUUAAGUCUCCUAUUGGUUAAUAUCGCUUAGUUGUAAGGUCUUAAUUAGAAAGUUUCGUAUAUUUACUCGUAUUUUAAUAUACUUUAGUUUCAGGAAGAUUUAAACAUAUGUUCAGAAUUUCGAGGAAAAGCCUAUAAUGUUCUAAUCCAUGUUGUGCUUUACAGUAAGGUUAUAAAUGCUAUUAUAAAUACAAAGCAAGUAAAACUUUGACUUCAAAAUUGUAAUUACUCAAUGCUUAUCAUUCUCAUAUCAGACUUUUAACAUCCAUUUUCGUUAUUAUUUCGUUAAACCGCACACAACACAGUUUGGGACCUCUAUUGUCAUCGUGUUUAGAUAUAAUAGCCAAAAUUAUGUACAUUUGUUCAAACUACAAGUGCUUAAGACCAUUGUUUUAUUUUUGUUGUCUUGUGAACGACAGAAAUUUUGUAUUAAUGUGUGUUUAUUUUAUUAAUUUUCCUUUUGUACGUUCAACAUAAAAUCAACUGUUAAAACUUCAGUGUGAAACAUGUAGUCAAUUUGUCGUGCUGAAACGUGUUCUUUAAAAAAGGUUUCUAAAAACUGUAUUUACCUUGCUUGUACGUUUAAUAUAUUGAAAAACAGUAACCUGAAUACUUUCAAGAAUAGUAUUAGUAAUGUUUAUUAACAAAAUAAACGAAAAGUUUAGUAGUUUUAGGUCUCGUGAGUUUGGACCAUCGUGAUCGAUAAGUUAUACAACAAAAAAUGUUUCCUAUUAACGCUAACUCAGUUCAGUGUAUGACAAGUUUCAUGUUAAUUGUGGAAUAUAGAUUACUUUGUAAAUGGUGAUACGAAUCCAAUACAUUUUAUAAGUACCCCCUGUUGGUAAGCGGUAAGUUUAUGGACUUACAACUCAAAAAUCGGGGGUUUGCAGUUCGAUUCCUUAAUGUGGACAGAGCGGAGAUAACCUUCUUAUGUAGUUUUGCGCUAAACAACAACUUUUUUUCUUUCUUUUUUACUAAAGGUGUUAAAUUAUUAUGAUGAGUUUUAAGGAAUUCCGGUUUCAUCAUCAUGUCGACAGAGUCUGAUUGAGUUUUAUUACUUUAAACCCUUGGACGUUCAAGGGAUGUAGGAGCUGCUAUCGUUAUUACUUGUAUCAUUAGCUCGUGUAACACUUCUUUAUUGGAUGUAGACGUUGCAAGAUUCGGUUAGUUCGGUGUGUAUUUAAAACUGAGAUUGGACUUAUUGUUUAGCUUUAUCAACCAUGUGACGAGAUGAAAAUUUGAUGUCCUAGUAAGUUUAAACUGUGGCUCAGUAAAUUGUUAGGAUAAUGUACUUAAAAACACAAUGUUUCUGCAAGUUUACUAAUACACAAAAAGUAUUUUUAAAAUCGGUUUCUUCUGUACGUCCAGCUGUGUGGUUUUCAAAGUGAACGUCAUUAUGACGCUGUUGUCAUUAUUACUAGGAAUUCCAUCUUUAGUGACAUUUUGGUUAUUGCUUUGCAAUAAAUAUAUAUACCACAAUUAUGCUAGUACAACUAAAACCCAAUAAAACAUGGUGUAGAUGUGUCUUUUCAGUCAUUUUGUUGUGACUUGUGUAUCUGUAGUGCUUUUAGCCCAUUAAACGAAAGAUUUGGGAACAAA